AUGUGAAUGUGUUCAUUUUUUCGAAUAAAGUCAAAUAGUCAAAAUCGAACAGCAAAUUUAAAAAAAUUAAUUGUGUAAAACAUAGCCAGCAAAAUUUGAAGAAUGCAGCGCCUGUUACCAAGGCUGAGGCCCCACGGCUGUUUGGCAAUGAAGCCGUCCUCAUACACUACUCUCUACUUCGGCCUGAGACAGUUAAAUGACGAUGUCGGGCUGGGCUCGGAUCACGUUUCCGGCACGCUGGCCGAAGUUGUGGAGAAGAUAAGAAAGCAAAUCGGUGUCGAGUUGGGUUACCACACCAUACCAAAGUCACGCGAACAUUUACUAAAGCAUCAACCAAAACCUGAGAGUCUGCCACCGCGCAGUAUGAAGGACUCGUUUACGACAGUGAUACUGCCGCUUAACUCCGAUGAGGGUAUACGGGAGCGAUACAUCAAUCAUUUGGGUCGUGUGCGCUUGGGACGCGUCAUGGAAGAGUUGGACAUGUUUGCAGUGUGGCUGUGUCAUCGUCAUAUCAAGAUACCAGACUUGCCGAAGGAUAUUCCGUUGCCCUACACCUUUGUAACGCUGGCCGUAGACAAGGUGGAGUUCUGGAAUGCCGAGCGUCUUAGAGCCAAUGCAGACAUACAUCUCAGUGGACACAUUUCUUGGACUGGCCGCAGCUCCAUGGAGAUUACCAUUUAUGUACGACAAACAGCACAUGGCGAGAUUUGGACCAUUACAAAGGCGCUGUUCUUAAUGGUUGCCAGAAAUGCGACAAACACUGGUCCGGCUCCGGUCAAUUCUCUGAAGCCCGCCAACGAGCUGGAACAAUGUUACUGGGAAGAAGCGAACAAGCGACAAAAGCAGCGCAGAGCGAUUCAAGCCGAGUCCGUGUUUAAUGCGCCGCCCUUUGAAUAUGAGCAGACACUUAUGUACGAUUUAUUUCGGCGCACAACGCCUAUAAACACAAUGGAGCUGAACCGGCGCGUACUGCCACCCAAGUGUCGCUGGAUGGCCGACUCAUACCAAACGACGAUGAUUAACCCGUUCCCCGAGAACCGUAACGCCCAAAACACGAUAUUCGGUGGCUACAUUAUGCGAAAUGCGGUUGAGAUUAGUUUCAUCACGGCCAGCAUCUACGUGGGCGGUCGGCCGAUGCUCAAGUGUAUCUCGGACAUUAGUUUCAUGAAUGCUGUCAAAGUGAAUUCCUUUUUAAAAAUGACCGCCUAUGUGGUGUACACGGCCCAGAACUACAUGCAAAUAAUGACAGUGGCUCACAUAUAUGAUUCGCAUAGCGGCGAGGAACUCACAACGAACGCUUUCUAUCUUACAUACAAAGCGGACAAGAUCGUUGAUGAGGUCCUCCCGCGCUCUUACCAGGAGACCCUCUGGUACAUACAUGGGCGUCGCAAAUUUUUGGCCGCUCUGGAUCUGCUGCCCGUGUACCCAAUGAAGAAGGCACAGGAGGAGCAAAUUAAAUCGAAUGAAGUUAUAAAUGUAAAUAAAUAAGACGCUUGCAGGUUUCCUCAUACCUUAACAGUGUUCCAUAAA